CGGCUGCGCCUGCGCGGUUGACGCUGCCAGGGGGCGGGCUGACGGGCCGCGGCGCUGGCCGGCUGGUAGUUCUUUUUGGGCCUGGGUCGUUGGGCCUGCCCGGGUUCUCUUGCUCCAUGGUACGCCUGUGAGUCACGUUGCCGGCGGACGUCUCCUCGGGAUGGAGCACAUCCGUACGACCAAGGUUGAGCAAGUGAAAUUACUUGACCGAUUCAGUACCAGCAACAAGUCACUAACAGGAACGCUCUAUCUUACGGCCACACAUCUAUUAUUUAUAGACUCUCAUCAGAAAGAAACCUGGAUAUUGCACCACCAUAUUGCCUUAGUAGAGAAACUAGCUUUGACUACUUCUGGAUGCCCACUGGUGAUUCAGUGCAAGAACUUCAGGAUUGUGCAUUUCAUUGUUCCCAGAGAAAGAGAUUGCCAUGAUAUUUACAAUUCUUUGCUACAGCUGUCAAAACAAGCAAAAUAUGAAGAUCUCUAUGCAUUCUCUUAUAAUCCCAAACAAAAUGAUUCGGAACGACUACAGGGUUGGCAGCUCAUUGACCUUGCCGAGGAAUAUAAGAGGAUGGGAGUACCGAAUUCAAACUGGCAGCUGUCUGAUGCCAACCGAGAAUACAAGAUUUGUGAAACUUAUCCCAGAGAACUUUAUGUUCCCCGAAUAGCAAGCAAACCAAUAAUUGUUGGUAGUUCCAAGUUCCGGAGCAAGGGAAGAUUCCCAGUUCUUUCCUAUUAUCAUCAAAAUAAAGAGGCUGCCAUUUGUCGAUGUAGUCAACCACUAUCAGGAUUCAGUGCCAGGUGCCUGGAGGAUGAACAUUUGCUUCAAGCCAUUAGUAAAGCUAAUCCAGUCAAUCGCUAUAUGUAUGUCAUGGAUACCAGGCCCAAACAUCGAAUGCAGAGCUGGUGGGCUACCCAAAAGGACAUUGGCAGAAUUAUAGUGAGGAUUUCUUCAAAAAUCUGGAAUGAUGAGAAAAUAAGAGAAAGCGAUGAGAAAAAGCGACUGAAUGCAAUGGCCAACAGAGCAGCUGGAAAAGGUUAUGAAAAUGAAGACAACUAUUCUAACAUUAGAUUUCAGUUUGUUGGAAUUGAAAAUAUUCAUGUCAUGCGGUCCAGCCUUCAGAAAUUAUUGGAAGUCAAUGGUACCAAAGGGCUUUCUGUCAGUGAUUUCUACUCUGGUUUGGAGAGCUCAGGAUGGCUUCGCCAUAUCAAAGCUGUUAUGGACGCUGCAAUCUUCUUAGCCAAGGCAAUAAUGGUUGAAAAUGCAAGUGUGUUGGUACAUUGUUCUGAUGGUUGGGAUAGGACUUCCCAGGUUUGUUCCCUUGGCUCUCUUUUAUUGGAUUCCUACUACAGGACAAUCAAAGGAUUCAUGGUUUUAAUAGAAAAGGAUUGGAUCUCUUUUGGACAUAAGUUUUCAGAGAGGUGUGGCCAUUUGGAUGGUGACCCAAAGGAAGUCUCACCGGUGUUUACUCAGUUCUUGGAGUGUGUGUGGCAUUUGACUGAACAGUUCCCACAAGACUUUGAAUUCAAUGAAGCAUUUCUUCUUCAGAUCCAUGAACAUAUUCACUCAUGCCAAUUUGGAAACUUCCUUGGAAAUUGUCAGAAGGAAAGAGAAGAGCUCAAGUUAAAGGAAAAGACUUACUCCCUGUGGCCAUUUCUCCUGGAUGACCAAAAGAAGUACUUAAAUCCUCUCUACAGUUCCAAAUCUCCGAAAUUUGCAGUUUUGGAGCCAAAUACAGUAUCUUUCAAUUUUAAGUUUUGGAGAAACAUGUACCACCAAUUUGAUCGAACAUUGCAUCCUAGACAGUCCGUGUUUAAUAUAAUUAUGAAUAUGAAUGAGCAAAAUAAGCAGUUAGAGAAAGAUAUUAAAGACUUAGAAUCUAAAAUUAAGCAACGUAAAAAUAGGCAAACAGAUGGAAUUCUCACCAAGGAAUUGUUACAUUCAGUUCAUCCUGAAUCACCUACCCUCAAAACUUCCUUGUGUUUUAAGGAGCAAACUCUGUUGCCUGUGAAUCAUGCUCUUCGAACUAUAGAGGGCAGCAACCCAGCAGAUAAUCGUUACAGUGAAUACGCUGAAGAAUUCUCCAAGUCGGAACCUGGUGUGGUCAGCUUAGAGUAUGGUGUGGCCAGAAUGACCUGUUAGAUCCGUAGAGUAUUUUCUGGACUGACUAGUGCAAGAAUUGGAUUCUUGUGAGAAUGAUGUGCGCAUGACCAAAAGGAAUUUGUCAAAUAAUGAUCUUAGAGUUUAAUAGUUGAAGAAAGGAUAAUAACUGCUCUUGUGAGAGAAGUAAGUCCGUUUAAUUGCAUUUCCAGCAGGGAAUGACUUUAAGUUCUUUAAGAAACGAGUGGUGUUGGCAGAUUUAUUCAAAACACAGUUUGUACUGUAUACUAGUGAAUUGACAUUUCUGUAUGAUUUAUAUGUUAAUUACAGCCAAACAAUUCUGAAUAACCUUCCUUAACUAUAACUUAAUUGCCAGGAAACAAAACUCGACAAAGUUCUCCCUUAAUAAUUGACAUGGCAUGUACUUUUGAUUAUAUAACUCUGUAACUAUGGAUAUUUACAUAUUUUGCCUAUUAGUGAUGUUUAAUGUUGAAGUGCCAUGAAAAAUAUUUUAAGAAAGCCUUAAAAUUGCAACUUAUUCUUAAGUUUCAUAGCCAGGAGCAGGUUUUUGGGUUUUUUGGUUUUUUUUUCUUUGGGUCAGCCUUGUUUUUAUUUGUAAAGAAUUGCACCAUCAUCACUGCAGGGCCUGCAUGCUACAACAGUCCUGUAUAAACAGAUGUGCACGUACAGUGUUAAGUUCAUGGUCAGCUGCUCCCACAUCCAUAUUCAAAAUUAAUGAAACUGAAGGUUUUAUCCUGAUUACAGUUUGUACAGUGCUACAUUUGAUGACAUUAUUUACAACUUAGAUUAUUGACUUCUUGAAUAUGUGUAAACUUAUUUGACUGUCUUUUAUGUAUGGAUUACUGCAUUCUUUUGAUUCUUACUUUGUGGUUGGCUUUAUUCCUUGGAUAACUGUGUAACUUUAAAAAGCUAAGGCUCUAAAACUGUUCUUAGAAACAACGAAGAAUGUGUAUGUGUACACACACACACACACAUACUGUUUUCUCUCUCAAUGAGUUGCUCUUCCUAGAACAGGCUUUCAGUUUCCCCCAAAUUUUGGGGUUAAAAAAAAGGAAGUACAGAUAGUUUAGAUUUUGCUUGGUUGCAUGAAUUUUAAAGCAGCCAUUUCUAUGUGGAACAUUUUUUCUUCUCCAUUAACAUAGGAAUAAAAAAGGAAAAUUAAGGAUAGCCUAGUACAAAGUUAAUGUUUAGCAGGAACAACUUAAAUGCUAGGAAAAGUUUCAUUUUGCCAUGUUAUAUUAACUGUUCUGUGUGCUACUAACAUAUCUUUACAUAACAAAAACAAAACAAAACAAUUCACAUGCAAUUGAUGGUAUUACCCAGCUGGCUUUAAAAUUGAAGGUUUAAGUAACAUGACUGACAAGAGGUAUGAUUCAGGGGUAAUAGGAAACCUGGAUAGGAUCCCUAAUGCUUCUCUUUACUGUACUUAUAUCUAUUAUAUUAGUUUUGAGCAUAAAUAUCUUUUUCAAAUGGAAAAAAAGCUUUAUUGUAUGAGAACUUAUCUAAUCCUGUUUAUUUUUCCAAUGCUUUUGUGUAAUGCAUUAUGUAAUAAGAAAAAUACUGCUUUUUAAACAGUAACAGAAAUGUACUAUUAAAUAUAGUUUGUGAUUUAGCCAAGCCUAUUUCCAUACUUAAGCGCUGGGACAGAAAACUUAAUCUUUGUGACCACAAAGGGAAACUUUUGUGCCUUGUUCCUUGGUUCCAGUUACCGAUUAUGGUUUUGGAAUCUUCCAUGGCAGACUUCUUAUAUUCAAAUGUUUUUUUGGUUUAUUAUUAUCUUCAACUUCAGGCAUAUAUAUGUGUGUUUAUGUGCUCACACAUGGACUGAGAAAUCAGUUAACAUCUUAAGUGACCUACAGGGUAUAUGUUGGCAAAAAGCAGAUUGUGUAUAUGUCUUACAAAAUUUCAGUGUGUUUGGGAAUGUAUAGCAUGUAAAUUAUUACAUAUUAUUUAAAGGAAAUUAAAUGUUCAUAUU